AUGGCUGACUUCUCUACCAUCGCUCAACAGUUCGUUGAGUUCUACUACCAGACCUUCGACACCAACCGCGCUGGUCUCGCCCCUCUCUACCUGGAUACUGACGACAAGUUUGCAUAUAAACAGCGUGACCAGUCUAUGCUCACCUUCGAGACCAGCUCUGUCCAGGGUACCGCCGCCAUCGUUGAGAAGCUGAGCAGCUUGCCCUUCCAGCAGGUCCGUCACCAGCUUGCUACCUUCGAUGCCCAGCCCUCCAGCGACAACGGCAUCAUUGUUCUGGCUACCGGAGCCCUUCUGGUCGAUGAGGAGCAGAAGCCCAUGAGCUACACUCAGCUCUUCAAGCUGCAGCCCGACGGUAACGGCAGCUACUUCGUUCUUAACGAUGUCUUCCGCCUGAUCUAUGCCGCAUAA